AUGUCCACUAAUAAUAAUAAUAACACAUAUCGUCGUACCCGAAUGCAAAACAACAGGAAUAAUAAUUAUGGACCACAAAAUUCCAAACCACGAAGAAUGCCUGAUUCAUUUCAUCAUCCAGUCAAUAACAACAGUGGACCCGACUUGAAUGUUGGAGUAUAUAAAAACGAAAGAUUUAUUUUUCAGAUGACUAAUCUCGUGGGUGUUGUGGCUAGAAUUACAAAUAAACAGGCAGAAACUUUUGAGGGCAUUUUCAAAACUUUGUCACAUAAGCUUGAAGUGAUGCUUGAUAAAGUGCAUAAAGUGGACAAAUCGAAUCCUUCAUGGCAGCCGUGUCGUAGUGACAUCCAGCCAUGUAUGGUCUUCAAACCCGAAGAAAUAGUCAAUUUACAAUUUCUUAAUGCUGAUCCUAACUAUGCCAUUAUUGGAGAUAAUUUCACCGAUGGAGCAAUAAGCAGAAAAUCGAAUGGUCAGGUGAUGGAGAAGGAAUUGCAACCGUGGGUGUCUGAUUCUCAUCCAGAUGAUGAUGAUGAUCUGCUGGAGUCGAGCAACACAAAUGGUUGGGACCCAAAUGAGAUGUUUCGCACAAAUCAGGAUAAGUUUCAAAUCAUGACAACUUAUGAUCCUAACUUGACACAGUACACAACUCCAAUGCCCAGCCACAACACUGAGGAAUUUCAGCAGCAUGUCGAAAAGGCUGCAGCUUUGGCUAGAGAAAUUGAAUCAUCUGCUUCAUACAAGCAUCGCAUGGAGCUGGAAAAUACUAAAGAUGAAGAAACCCUACACAGUGCUGUCGUCAGGGAAGAAAACAAUUCCAGCAAUACAAGUUCUUCAUUGCAGCAAAAAUCUCAGACGUCAACAGCAUCAUCAGUGUCAACCCCUUCAUCAUUACUGUCCAAUAGGUUGAUGAAGACUAGUUUGUCUGGUAAUUAUAGUGAUAUUGUUUCUAACCCUAAACCUGCUAAUGCUGUGGUGAAUAAUAUACACCACACUCCACAACAACCACAGCAACAACAACCACAACAACCACAGCAACAACAACAACAGCAACAAAUUUCAGCUGUGCAACAGCAACAACAACAUCAGCCACUGCAACAUCCUCACCAACAACUUCAUCACCACCAACAACCACAAAGCCAUUCUUCUAGAACCGAAAUUGAUGAGUUCAAAGAUUUUAAAGAAAACUUCAACAUGCAAAUCAACAUGUCUGCUUCUGUGUCAUCACCGCCCUCAUCCAUGGUUAACAACAUUAGUAAUGUCCCUUCACAAAUGCCAGUGUCCAACAACAACAACAACACACAUGCUGCUAUGGUCCCUUCAACUCCAUCAUCAACGUCAAUUGCAGUUACUACAGCUGUUGCUAACAACACUGUUAAUGGUGCUACCACAUCUUCAACUUUGCCCAACAGUACUAAUGCAACUUUAACUCAGCCAGUUGGUUCUAAAUCAAAUGAUGAAUCAAAUUCUGAAGGCACCAGUGAAAAUACAGAGAAGAGAAAUUACACAUUGAACCCAAAUGCCAAUGAGUUCAAACCUCGAGUAAGCUCCUUGGAUACCUUGAUAAUUCAGCAACAACACACCCCACAGCUGCAACCCCCUGUUAACAAUAACCAACUUCAACAUCAACAACACUUACAACAACAACUCCUGCACACACAACAACAACAAAGCAAAUUAGUUCAGCAGCAGCAACAGCAGCAGCACCAGCAACAACUACAACAACUAGUGACUCAACAGCCACAAAUGGUUCCACCAACAGUGGGAUCACCACCUGUUCUAUACACUGCUUCUGGAGUUCCAUCCAUACUUGCCACUCAACCACCUCAGCCACAAUUCGUUUACACGCAGAAGUAUCCAGCUAGUGCCAAGAGAGCAACAGUGUCAGCAAGAGUGACAAACGAACUGGCUACUCCACAGUCUGCCAAUGUAAUGGCUGGUGCUCCUCUCAUCUCGCAGAGUGGUGUGCCCCAAAUGUUCAUCACUCCCACAGGACUGGCACCAUACAAUUCUGUUCGAUUGAUGCUGCCUGGACCUAUAUUCUAUGAUCCAAAUGCCGUUGGACCAAACCACAUGUUUUUACCUGCCCAGAUGAUUCCCCAGUUGCCUCAGUUAGCUGGAGGUCCAGCUACUGCCGUUGUCUCUAAUAUACACCCACACCUUAUUGCACAGCAACAAAGUCAACAGCAGCAGCAGCAACAACAGCCCAACAACAACAACAAUGGUGGAGGUAAUGGAUGUCCUGAUAAUGGAUCUGGUGCUCCAACACCUGUUCACUACCUUGGUCCUCCUCCUCAGCUUCCAUCGCAACAACAUAUGCAACAACAACAGCAUCAACAACAACAACAGCAACAGCAGCAAAAUUCACAUCAACAUUAUCCUGUGACACCAUCGACUAGCCUUGCAUUUCAGCCACAUCACCAGGUGACCAUCGGCCAACCUGGUGCUGGACAUCUGCAAUCUACCACGCAUCAGUCUCAAGUCAUCAUUUCACCUUUCCUACCAAACUUCCAGAAUGCUCACCACCAUCAGGCAGGGGGAUAUGCUGCCACCAUGCCUCCAACUACUCCGGGCGCUGGUGCAUUGCAAGGACAAGUGCCACCUGGAUCAACCAUCCAUCCUCAUUCGUUGGUUCAUCCGCAUUCAAUGUUUAUUGCUGCUCCAAACCAGCAAGGAGCAACUCCUGCACAGCUUGGACAAUUUGUUGCUGUCAAUAGCCUUGGACCACCAAACAUGACUGCCCCACAUCCUCAACCUCUUCUCUAUAACAUCCAACAAAUUCCUCAGUCAAUGCAUGGACCUUCCUAUCAACACGGACAAGGUUGAUGUUGAUCAUCAUAUUAAUCGUCUUCAUUUUUUGGGUUGAUACUGGUGCGGAAUGUUCGAAACAUUGAUUAUGAAAAUUAUACUAAUUAUGAAUAUUUUUAAAAUUUUUAAUUAUUCGAUCAAAAUUUAUGAUUUUUUUCAUAUGAUGUGCCCAAUUAUGGAAGGACUAAAUUAUGACUAAUGAGGAUAAUUACAUAGAUGAAUGUUGUUAUAAUUAUAUAAGCAGCCACUUAUAUCCAAUUACAUGCUACAUUUACAUUGGAGACACACAUUUGCAUGCAAAUUUAAACAAAACAAGUUAUGUAUAAUGUUAUGCAAAUUUAAACAAAACAAGUUAUGUAUAAUGGAAAUUUUGAUCUGUGGGUUUCUGCUACAAUUUAAGUAAAAUCAAAAGCAUUUCUUCAAUUAUCAGUGAAGAAUAUAAUGGUUUUCAAAAAAUUCAUAAAGUUGUUUAUUUGAUUGAGCACUUGUUAAAUGAAGUUAAAUUAAAUUCCCUGCAAUUUAUUUUGCUACUUUUCAAUGACGCCUCGUUGGAAAUAAAUGGAAUGUGUUGUGU